AUGAUUAAUGAAGCAAAAUUUUUAACACAAAUUAAUUUUCAAAAUAAUGAUUAUCCUCGUGUUUAUCUUAUUUAUGAUCCAGGAUUUUCUUUACAUUUAUUACAUGCUGAUUGGAAUUAUGUUUCAAAUGAAUUAAAAAGUUUUUUUAAUAAUCAUGAUCCAUUUAAAGAUAUUGAAUAUCAAAAUAAAGAUUAUUUUGUUGAAUGUUUAUCAUGGUUAAUUAAUAUUAAAUAUGAAAUAUUUAUGAAAAUUAUUUAUGAAACAAAAUUUAUUUUAACAGAAAAUUUUGCUUAUAAACUUUUUCAUAUACAUGAAAGAAAAUUAACUAAAUUAGCAUUAAUUAUUGAAGGUGAUACUGGUUUAGGUAAAACAUUUCUAUUAAAAUUCUAUUCAUUAUUAUUAAAUUCAAAAAAUACACAUGAUUCUCUUCAAGGAAAUAUUAUUCCAACAAUUAUAGAAAAUUCUAGUCAAUUUCUUCUAAAUAUUAUUGAAACAAUUGUAGAACAACAAGCAAAUAUUUUGAGUAUAUUUCUUCAACGAAUUAAAUCAAAAAUCUUAGAUUUAGAAAAUGAUGAUGAACUUCCAAAUCAAAGACCAAGACAAAUACCAGUUCUACUUACAGCAGAACAACAACAACAACAACAACAAAAUAAUGUACCAGUUGAUAGUGUUCUAUUAAAACAAGUUAAACUUUCGUUAAAAAAAUAUCAAUUAAAGAAGAAUACUUUAUAUUAUAUUUGGGAAACAAUUCUAGAUGUUUCAAGUGAAAAUCCUAUGGCUUCAACAACAACAUUAAUUCAAAAAUUACAUGAGUAUAUUAUUAAUGAAUUAGCUAAUUAUCCAUUAAUUGAAAGUAGUUCUCGAUUGAAAAGUUUACUUCAAGAAAUUUCUUCACCUACGAUUGAAAUAUCGAUUGAAAU